AGUUCAAAAUAAUUUGAAAAGUACAAGACGUCUACCAUGCCAUCCAUGGUCUACAUAGAUCUACUGAAAUGGCCGUCGAUAUCAUCAUGAUCCACGAGCUAGCUUACCACAAGUAUCGUGUUUGCUAAUAUUUAUAGGUCUUCCUCAGGCGAGGUCGAGAUUCGUUUGCAAAGGGAACUGCUGUAACAGUCUUCCACCUGUCUGGCGAUAACUCAGCCAUUUCUCAAUGGAGAUGGAAUUCACUGGUCAUCCCGACGCACCUAAUUUCACUCCGUGGGGUUUGUGUGGCGUCCCUGACAACCACAGAUCGCAUCCUUUCUCAAGGUUAGCUACUGAGAGUCCAGGAAACAGUUUUGCCAGUUGUUUUCACCAACCCCAUGGUGCUCCAAGCACAUGUACUAGUACUUGCGGGCCAACCUCCUCUUCAGAAGAUAUCUCAUCAUGCUCCAUGAUGUACCACCCUCAGCCUUUUGUCACCAGAGUGAAGCGGAAGUAUGAUGUCCAGCAAGACGACCCAGUGGAAUUAGUGAGAAAAAAGGCCCGAUAUCUUGAUCUAAAAUCACACCCUGCAUCACCAGCCAUGCCCGUCGGUGACCAGAACUGUGAACUGCAAACCAAUGUUAGCUUGCCGAUGGAAACCGUAGAUGAUGAUGGCUGUGACCGAUCCAUUGCAGCCCGUGAACCUCAAUCAAACUUUCUGACAGAUUCGAACAAUGGUUUCUACCACGGCAGGCAUUCUCAUCUUGUGCAUUCUCACCAGUCUCCUCCACGAUAUACCACUGGUGAAAUGAUGGCACCAUGCAACUCUGGCGGAGACUCGGAGUACAUCUGGGCAGUGGAAUGCCAUGGUGAAAACAGCUAUCCAUGGGAUGAUGAUGGCACAGCAUGAACUAAUUUUCCUGAGUGAAACCCAUGCUAUAUUAUUAUUAGCGAGGCGAUAAUAUUACGAUGUUUGUCUGAAGUGAUUUUGUAUGCCGAAUUAACGUUCUGGGCCUUGUUUCAUCUUUGUUUGGAUAAACAUGUGAUCCUGCAUUUUGUGUCCUGUGUUUGCUUAGCUACAAACAGCUGGUGUUUUUUAGGUAGGUUAGGGACUGCCAUUUUUUAGUUUCAUACCUUAGGUCGAAAUUGUUUAGUGUUUUACUUGUAGGUCUUCAAUGUGUUUUUGUGUGUGCUUGGCUCCUGACUUAUGAACAUGUCUCUUCUCUACCAAUCAACUGCUGGAUAUUGUUCUGUUUGCUAUACUAACGUUAUUGUGCUGCCCUGUCAAACCAAUCUCUGCAAUAUUAAAUUUGCUUGUUUACAUCCGAGAAUUAAUACCAUUACCAGUACCCCUCUGCUGUCACCACAUUGUACAUAGUACACGUACACUCAAGAACGUGCAGCCAAAGAACGAGCGGGUACAAUCAUUUUAUCACAUCUGUA